AGCUACUUUUACUUCUAAUUUUUUUGAUAUCGUCAGUUAUAUUUCAUGGUGAUUCCAAAGUGCAAUAAAGUGAAUCAAGAUCACGUGCAACCGUAAAUAUUUGUGCCAAGCGACUGGGCGACAGCCUCGCAGCCUCACUCCUAACCUCCCCAAACAACAUACCACCUCCAUUGACUCUCUGAACCGAACUGAAUAUGGCAGAGCCACCAUAUAAACGCCCAAGGCGAGACUUUGACUCCGAUCGCGCACCCGUUGACUCUCGAAAUCCUCGCGACAAGCGCGGUGGAAGACAAGGGCCAGACCGUGGCAACGACCGAAAUAGAUCGUACAGAUCAAGAACUCCCGAGCGCCCACGAGACCGUGAACAUGGCCGCGACAACCAGCACUACGACCGCGGUGGUGGACGACGAGAUGAUCGCAGAGAUCGGGACGGCGGACGGAGAGACGACCCGCGCAGAGAUGACAGAGGCAGGCAUGGUCCGCGGGAUAUGGACAGGGAUGGAGACCGGAGGCAAUAUAGAGAUGAUCGAGGUGCUCGAGACAAUGACCGAAGUCAGCGUGACAGAAGGAGAGACGGAGAAGGCGACUCGAAACGCCGUAGCAGAAGCCCGCGUGGAGAACGUUCCCGCGAAAGAGAACCAGCUGGAGAUGCUGUGCACCCAAAUAUGGCCCGUGUAGUUGAGCAGGAGAUUCCACUACGACAGGGAAGCCGACAAGGAAGCCGAAACGCCACGCCCCCAGUAGCAUUCAAAGUUGGCCGACCAGACAGCCGAGCGGGUUCAAGAGAUCCUGGCGGACAGAGCCCAGCACAACCGGAUUCAGCUGCUACCAGCGAGAGCACAAGCCAUAAGAAUAAGCCCAAAGCAGCCGAUUUUAUUGCCGCCGACGAGAUGGGCGUUGAAGAAGGCGAGGAGGACGAUAUUGAGGUUGAGGAUGAUGCAAUGGCAGCCAUGCAGGCAAUGAUGGGCUUUGGAGGAUUCGGAACUACAAAACAGAAGAAAGUAUUGGGGAAUGAUAUUGGUGGGAUCAGGAAAGAGAAGAAGACGGAGUACAGGCAGUAUAUGAACAGAGUUGGAGGGUUCAAUAGGCCGCUCAGUCCUAGCAGGGAGACAUAGUGGACGAUUUGGUGCUUCGAAUGCAUAGCGUGCAGCGUAUUUUUUCAAGAUAACCAAAGACUUUACAAUGAAAUUAUUUGACACCCCAAGUUUCAUAAAUUACAAAAUUGAAUGUUAAAUUUCGAGCAUGUCUUGAAGAUUGGUGCUCACGUUAAUUGUUGGAAGCUCCCCUGGUGACGUGUAAAGGACUUCUUGGCGAGUAGGGCAGUGGGAAGUCACGGGAAGGAAUAUACGUAG